CGGUCAGCAACAGCAGCCCGGGCGAUCCGCUGGGGGAGCAUUACCGAGGUUUUUGCAAGGAGGCCUUCGCCAGCUUCCCUGGAGGCCGGAGGCUGGGACCUGGGCUCAGGCUCAGCCAGGCUCCUGGAGGGCACUCUCCGGAAGCUUCCUGGGCUCUCGGGCCCUGCAGGUCUCAGCUCCGGCUUUAACCGCGAUAAGGGGGCCUCGCCAGGGCAAAGACUGGCUGCUUGCUUGCCAGUAGCUUCUAUCAGGUUCAGAGUCAGGGGAUGUUGGAUAUGGCAUCCUUGUGCAGAAGACUGCUGGAGAAAGGGACCCUUCUAGCAACCGUGUUCCAAAUAAUAGGGGAAAGGAAUUCUAAAUUCCUGAGCCAUUGGAAUACAAAGUCGAGUCCGUAUUCAAGUUGUGCUGGAAGCCAGUCGGAGGAGUCUCAUUUUUACCGGGAGCUAAAAACAACCUCCAUCCCUCUCCAGCCCCCACCCACUCGCUCGCACGUGGGGCCUUCGGGCUGCUUCCAUCCAGCAGCACUGCUCAGCUUUGGGCCCCGGCACUGUUUUCACUUCUUAGCCCCGGUUCUGGGUCCUGUUAUCUGAAAGGCCCACACGGUGUUACCCUCAACGCCUCUGUCAUUUUCAGGACCCGAGUAGUGGAUUUGUUUUGGAGGCCAAGGUUUUAGAACUCUGGGCAAAAAGAGACAGUUUGUAACCACUCCCAUUUAUUCUUUAUGCACACACAACCCCUUUUACUUCCAAAAUGAAAGCAGACAUAAAAACCUGAAUGGUCUCUCCUCAAACCUCUGGGCUGAAGAGGGAUAUUUUUGGUUUUGGAACACCCCCCCCCCCCCAUUUUAGGCACCAGUGAGGAUCAGUUAACACUCAAGCCCUGCUAAUUACUUAGUAGCUGUCCAAUUUUGGGGGGCUAAGGCUAUUUAAAGGACGGCCUUUCUACUUAAAAAAUACUAUAAAUAAUUCGUGUCUUCUCUGGGUACAAAAAAAGUGGAAAAGGCAACCCGUUUGCAGACAAUUACAAUUAGGAGUGAAGGUUUCCUCCGGGUUAAUUUUCUUAAUGAAAAUCUCAGAGGUUCCCCAAACUGCGGGAUAUUUGGGACACCUUGGGCUGUGGAGGGGAUGGGAAUAGCCCGGAGGACUUUAUACGGGAAGGACAAAUAUUAGUGCGGGAGGGAACUGAGGUGGCCAGGACCCCCUGGCCAGUGGUAGGAGUUUAUUGUGUUGGUCACUUCCCUCUUCCUUCUUCCGGAGAGGGACCCGGUUGGUCUCCCUGUGGCUUUUCAGCUGGGGGGAGAGCAUGACAUUUGAAGGUCCCCAUUGAGGGAUAGGGGUGUAUCAGGGUUUGGGGAGGGGUUACUGGGACUGUUGGGGAGAUUGAAGGCAAAAAAAAACAAGAGAUGGAAGCAGCCCAGUCCACCCGCCCGCCCUCGCCGCCAGGGAAGUGGGCUAAUGAGAAACACACUCUUGCAGGCACAGUGUUCACACGUGAAUUUAAUUACCCCGUUUUUUAGGAGUCGCUGCUUUCCGCUUGUAUUUGGUGGGGUUUUUUCUUCCUUCCAAUUAACAAAGAGGCCAAUUUACCCCUGAAAGGCUUUGGGAGGUGAGAAGCACCCUCCUCAAUCUGGUCAAGCUGAGGGAUGGGAUUAAAGUCAAUGCCCCAUGCCCCUCCCCGGUUUAAUUUCUGGCCCUGGCCUUGAGCUGUGGCCGCCUCACGUUGGGUCUUGUAACUCCGCUGAGCCGCCGGGCCGCGUGGGUUAGCCAGGCGGGCCCGCCAGGGGCAGUGGCCAGGAAGGGAGGAAGGAAGGAAGGACAGAAGGAGGGAGGCCUGAAGGAUUCAUACUGGGCCCGGAGGCCAGCCUCUCCGGAGCGGGCCUCGUGACUACUGAGCGGCCAGGUCUCUUAGGCCAAAUUCGCCUGUUAUGCUGCCUCGUAGGGGGCUUUUUUGCAGCUCGGGUUAGGGGAGUGCGACUAGCAGAACUCAGCAUUAGAGCCUCGGAGGUCGGAGCACGGGGCUGGGGCGCCAGCUGUGUCCAAGGGAAGGGGGGGUCAUGGAACGCUGGCCCCAGCAGGCCCCCAAACACUGGGCUCAGCGCUGGCUGGCUGCUCCCUGGUCUGACGCUCGCUGGAGACUCAGCGGUACAUUGGGAGCUGCCUGGACACCCUGCGAUCGGGUCAGGCCGACCCCAGGGGCCCUCCACAGGCUGUGUCCUCCGGACGGCCUGUCCCUGGCCAGCGCGCCCCGGCAGGGCCCGCGGCGGCUCCGUUUGGGACGGCUACUGCGUUGAAUUUGACUUUCUGAAGCCACCCCGGGUAAACUCGCAUCUCCGGGGACUGCGGGGGAUUAUUUACAGGGAGCCCGCCAACCAAACACAACAGUCUAAUUUAACCUUUCCAAGUCCUCGUAAAUUUUUACAACUGGGAGCCACGGCGAGGUAAACGAAUCUGUUGGUCGUUCCCAACUUCCCACCAGCCUGUGUGGCUUCUGAAACAAUAACUCCUUAUGAAAUAUAAAUAUAGAUUUAAAUACAGUAGAGCGAGAAUGCGAUUUGGUUGCUUUUUUAUGGCUUCAAUUAUUGUCUAAUUUUAUGUCGGGGGGCUCUGCCGGCCGCACUCGCACGCGGGGCCCGCGCCGGGCUGAUGGCGUGAUUAAUUGUGAUAUAAAAUAGUCCGCUGAAGAAGUGUGUGUCUGGUGGUGGCGGCGCGAAGGGGAGGGAGUCCAGACGCAAGGCCAGAUUUGAUCUUUUAAUCUUCGUUGGCCACAAUUAAAACAAACCCGAUCGUUGAGCGCUGCGAUCUCUUUGCAUAAAAACAUAUGGCUUUUGCUAUAAAAAUUAUGACUGCAAAACACCGGGCCAUUAAUAGCGUGCGGAGUGAUUUACGCGUUAUUGUUCUGCUGGGCGGCCACGUGACGCGCGUGGCCAAUGGGGGCGCGGGCGCCGGCAACUUAUUAGGUGACUGUACUUCCCUCCCCGGUGCCACCAAGUUGUUACAUGAAAUCUGCAGUUUCAUAAUUUCCACGGGUCAGGCCGGCCGGCAGGGCGCGGGGUGCGGCGAUGGCCACCACGGGGGCCCUGGGCAACUACUAUGUGGACUCCUUCCUGCUGGGCGCCGACGCCUCGGACGAGCUGGGCGCCGGACGCUAUGCUUCGGGGGCCCUGGGUCAGCCCGCCCGGCAGGCGGCGGCACUGGCCGAGCACCCCGACUUCAGCCCAUGCAGCUUCCAGUCCAAGGCGGCGGUGUUCGGCGCCUCCUGGAACCCGGUGCACGCCGCGGGCGCCAACACGGUGCCCGCGGUCUAUCACCACCAUCACCACCACCCCUAUGUGCACCCCCAGGCGCCCGUGGCGGCGGCGGCGCCGGAUGGCAGGUACAUGCGCUCCUGGCUGGAGCCCACGCCUGGUGCGCUCUCCUUCGCGGGCUUGCCCUCCAGCCGGCCUUACGGCAUUAAACCUGAACCGCUGUCGGCCAGAAGGGGUGACUGUCCCACGCUUGACACUCACACUUUGUCCCUGACUGACUAUGCUUGUGGUUCUCCUCCAGUUGAUAGAGAAAAACAGCCCAGCGAAGGCGCCUUCUCCGAAAACAAUGCUGAGAAUGAGAGCAGCGGAGACAAGCCCCCCAUCGAUCCCAGCAACCCGGCUGCCAACUGGCUUCACGCUCGCUCCACGCGGAAGAAGCGCUGCCCCUAUACUAAACAUCAAACGCUGGAACUGGAGAAAGAGUUUCUGUUCAACAUGUACCUCACCAGGGACCGCAGGUACGAGGUGGCCCGACUGCUCAACUUGACUGAAAGGCAGGUCAAGAUCUGGUUCCAGAACCGCAGGAUGAAAAUGAAGAAAAUCAACAAGGACCGAGCAAAAGACGAGUGAUGCUACUUGAGUUCAUUUCGGAAAGCAGAUGGAAUGAGAGGGCAAGAGAAAGGACUGCCUGUCCCCUUCUCCCACCCCCAUACCACCCAAGCCUCCAGCACCCCCGCACAAAGCGGCCAAACUCCAGGCCUCAUCUCUCCCCCCGGCAAACCUUUCUCAGGCUGGCUCCUUGGCCUGCCGCUUUCAUGGAGGAGGUAUUGUAAGCUUUCCAUUUUCUGUUAAGACAAAUAAAUAAAUAAAUAAAUAAAUAAAUAAAUAAAUAAAUAAAUAGAAGGGGGCAUUAGCGCUGAUGGCUGUGUGUACGCUACCUUGUAUAUAUUUUAUAAAAUCUACCUGUUCCUGACUUAAAACAAACAAACAAACAAAAAAACCCAACUACCUUUUUAUAAUGCACAACUGUUGACUGCGGGCUGUAUAGAUUUUAGUCUGUGUAGUUAAUUUAAUUUGCUCUUUGUUCGGCAGAGCGAUCUGCCCGAUACUUGAACACUGUGUUUUAUUGUGGUAAUUAUGUUUUUGUGACUCAAACUUCUGUGCUGGGUGACACACCCGUUGUGAUUGUGAAAGAUAGAAUUCAAUUUGAACUCAGGUUGUUUAUGAGGGGGAGACAAUUGCAUAGAGUAUAGCUCUGUAGUGGAAUAUGUCUUCUGUAUAACUAGGCUGUUAGCCUUUGAUUGUAAAUUAGCUGUAAGGAUUUCUCAGUGAAAUAAUUUUUUUUUUUUAAAGAAAGGGUUCUCUGGGAUGCAUAGAUUCAUGGUUUUCUCCACUUUUGAAAUCCAGGCAUUUUAGUUUCUACAUGCUCUAUAGACCUGUCUGGUCUAGUGUAUAUAAUCCACAUAUGAAAGAAAAAGCAAUCAGACCAGCUUGAAUACUGUGUUUGCACCAGACAAACAGGGAGGAAAUUCGGAGCUAUACGUAUGUGCAGAAGGUGACUACCUAUGGUUUAUGUUUAAUUUUAACUGGGGGAAAGUGAUACUGUAAUGGAGCUAAUUUUAUUGAUAAUAAAUUAUGCAUUGUGAAACUG